UUUUCCAAAACACCAUUACACGAUAGUCAAUAGUUUUCAACUUUGUCAAGCAAUUGAAAACAUAUUGUUCCAAUCUCUAACUGCCUUCAGCUCGAGUGUCUAGCAACAACAGACAACAGGAACACAAAUAAAAUACCAACAAACAACGUGUCCUAACAACACUUUCAGCUUGAACCUUUCAAAACAAAACUCACCUCGUAUUAUCAGCAUCCUUACAAACAAAACCAUCACUUUGAUUGAUCAACUUAGACACGUAUGCAUUGCAAGGCACGUGCAGUAAUUGAUUCUUUAAUUGGUCUUGGGGGACUCUACCCGAAAUGGAUCGUUUGAACAUUUCAAUAAAAAAAACAACGUCCAACGAUAAGAGAUGAUCUGUUCGCAUGAGUGCGUUCAUACGGAAGCUGUCCCGAUAAACCAUCGGCCGGGAUGACAAUUUGGUAGCCCAAUUAGUGUCCGCUGUACGUUGUUUGGUUCUUGCAGUCGUUCGUUGGGUAACCUCCUUUUCGAGAGGUCCAUGAUAACGCAUACGCACACAUCGUUGAGUAACGCACAUCGGGACACACCGCCCUUGCUUGAUCGCUACAAGAACCAUCGAUCUUUCGUUGGCUGCUGCUUCAUGCCGUAAAGCCACUUAUCAGCGUUACACCACUGGAGCUGGAUUGACGCCAUCUAACACACAAAUCAGGACCAUUUUAACAUACGGCCCAGGCAGAGAUCACUAGAUCGUUCGAUCUCUGUUGCGCUAUCGCUCGUGUGUUGCAAAAGGCGCUUUUAAAUGCUUCCUUCUUGGUGUCGUACCGGCACAUUACAAGUUGGACAACCGCUCGGAUCGGUGCGCACAGUUGACAACAAGCUUUCGUGGUGACUCUCAGCAAACUGUGCCAUUAUUUCAGUGAUUGUUGCAUUUUUAUUCGGUGAAGUGAAGUGUGUUAAAGUUUGCUUACUCCUUACCUAUCGAAACUACAUAACUCGCCAUGUACGAACGUCAGGAAUCGCAGGGGCCCACCCUUAAGGAAGGCGGCUCGUACAUUAUGGAAGGACACGAUGCGGCCGAGGCGAAGAACGUGUGUCUCAUCUUCUCGCCCGAGCAGGAAGAAGCGGGAGCGUUGGCGAAGAUGCUUAAAAUCUUUGAAGAUCAUCGAGUGAAUCUGCUCCACAUCGAGUCCCGGUCGUCUACCCGUGGGCCCGGGUACGAGUUUAUGGUGGAGUGUGACGGUAAGCGUGGUGCACUUGGGCCCGCCAUCGAGGCCAUUCAGGAGCGCAGCAACUACUUCAACAUUAUCUCGCGAGACUAUAAGGAUAACGAAGCCACCGUUCCGUGGUUCCCAAGACGCAUCCGUGAUUUGGAUCGGUUUGCUAACCAGAUCCUUUCGUACGGUGCGGAACUGGAUUCCGAUCAUCCCGGUUUUACCGACGAAACGUACCGGGAGCGCCGCAAGUACUUUGCCGACAUUGCGUUCAACUACAAGCAUGGUCAACCGUUACCACACGUGAACUACACGGAGGAGGAAACCAACACCUGGCGUACGGUGUUCCGUAACCUUACGAAGCUCUACCCGACGCAUGCCUGCCGCGAACACAACCACGUCUUUCCGCUGCUGAUCGAGAACUGUGGAUAUCGUGAGGACAAUAUCCCGCAGCUAGAGGAUGUGUCGAACUUCCUGAAGGAUUGUACCGGAUUUACGCUUCGUCCCGUUGCUGGGCUGCUGUCAUCGCGAGACUUCCUUGCCGGGUUGGCAUUCCGUGUGUUCCAUUCAACGCAAUACAUUCGGCAUCCGAGCAAACCGCUCUACACACCUGAACCGGACGUAUGUCACGAACUGUUAGGACAUGCGCCCCUGUUUGCCGAUCCCUCAUUCGCGCAGUUCUCGCAAGAGAUCGGAUUAGCUUCGCUGGGAGCUCCGGAUGAGUUUGUCGAGAAGCUAGCCACUUGCUUCUGGUUUACGGUCGAGUACGGUAUGUGUCGCCAGAAUGGUGAGCUGAAGGCAUAUGGUGCCGGUUUGCUUUCCUCGUUCGGUGAGCUGCAGUACUGUCUUACGGACAAGCCGGAACUGCGGGAAUUCGAUCCGGCAAAGACGUCCGAGCAGAAGUAUCCGAUCACGGAAUACCAGCCGGUGUACUUCGUGUCCGACAGCUUUGAGGAUGCGAUCCAGAAGAUGAUCAACUACGCCAAUACGAUUCCCCGCCCGUUCGGUGUGCGGUACGAUGCCUAUACACAGAGCAUCGAAAUUCUGGACUCUGUGCCACAAAUUUCGAACCUCAUGCGCAACAUACACAACGAGUUUGAGGUGUUGCAGAAUGCGUUUAAGAAGCUGUAAGAAAAAGCGAAUAGUUUACACGAGCCACAACAGUACAAUGCUGGUGCUUUUAGAUAAGUUUUUGUAAGAGAUUGCUCAGAGAGAGAGAGAGAGAGAGCGAGAUGGCUCAGGAACAACCGGGCGAACUUUAAUGAUAUUUUCUAAGCGUUAUCCUACAAAAGAUUAAGCUACAGGGUGAAUAAAUAUUUUGUUCUUUUACAUAUA